AUGGCACUAAACCUUAACUGUAACCAUAAGGAUGCUGCAGAGAAUUAUGGUGAUUCGGACUGUCCAUAUUUGACAGCUUCAUUUGUCUUUGCUGGUCUAUCUAUGAUGCUUAAUAUUCGACUUGCUUAUAGUUCUGCUCCAUAUGCACUCAUUAGAUACAAGUUACCUGAGAAUCUUUUUAGUGUGUUUGUUAGAAGAAUGGCUAGUGCCUUGGAACUCUGGUGUCUGCCAAGUAUGCUUCUGGGUAACAUACUUGAUACAGGUUCAAAACUAUUAUUCAAAUACUACGGCGACAAACUCAAACUAGGAGACUACGGCGACGGCGAAAACAAGUCCAAGCAACUUAAGCAAUGGACUAUCAUCUAUCCUUCCAUAUUUACUAUGUGGUCAGACUUCAUCACAUACGUAGUACUUCUAGUUGUAUAUUUGAUGGGUGGUGACUAUGGUAAUGUAACUGCCUAUUAUGGUGUCAUUGCAGUAUCUGGAUUCAUCUUUGGUAUCAAUAUGACAUUGGUUUAUGCUGUGGAUUUUAAUUAUAUACCUGUCUAUGUUGCUGGUGAAAAUUCAUUUCCAGCACUAACAUCAUUAAUUCAUUAUUUUGCAACACUGAUAUUUGGUAAUCGAAGGAAAUGGAAUUCAGAUUUUCUAAUUGUAGUGAUUGACAUAUCUGUAGCAAUCACCAUUUCAUUUAUUACAGCUACUCUCUGGACCGUAUCAUUCCUAUCAACUCACCAAACUGGUCAGCCUAAGUGGCAUAUUCACCCAUUUGACAAGAAUAUUUCCAAACCUCACUGGGAAGUUAUUUCACCUACACUAAUGGUGAUAGUAGGUAUGGGACUGGUGUAUGCUAUUUAUCCUGGUUUAGCACCAGGUAUGAUUGUACCAUUUUAUCUCAUUGAUAAGAUUGAGAUGGUACUUCUGAUUGCUACGAUAUUUCCACCCGUCAUUGUAGCACUACUUAUCAAAGGAUCAUUUGAUCAAGCUACCACAGAGUAUUCACCUAAAUCCGCAUACCAAGCACAUCAAGGUGGCACUGAAACCCCAGGUUUUGGAGGUUGGCGACAUUACAAAAAACACAAAAACAAACAAGACCCAGGAGGAGUACAAUCACCUGACUUCAGCUGCGCCUCCAAUGAAAGUGAAUUUGUCCAUAAUUGGUUCUGGCACUUCUUUGAUCUACUCAUAGUUAUUAAGAUCACUCUUGCCGUCAUAUUCAUUUACUCACUUCAUUAUAGAGAUUCUUCACUUUCCCGUAGUAUCAUUAAUCAACCGAAGAUGUCUACCAUCCUCAGCAUUACAUUCUAUAUGUGUCAUGAGAUUCUUCUUGCUUUGGGGUUUCCAGGUGUCAUAGGUAAUAAUGGUGCUGAUUAUGUUAUGCUACCAGCGCAAUAUGUUGGAGCUCUGUUUAUGAUAUUUUUAGCGUUUUAUUCCGGAAAAGAAGGACAUCCACCCAAGGAUCCUAAUCAGAGAGCAUGUCAAAUACUCAAACUUCAAACCAAACCAGCAUCCGGUUCUAAUGUUAUUGCACUGACAUACACAAUAGGACCUGAUUUUAAACCACACUCAAAGGCCAUCAAUAUUGGUAAGCGUAACUAUAAGGGCACUGUAUACUAUUUAUGCUUGGUAUCUCCAUGUCUUAUGGUCCUUACUGGUAGAUUCUCAUUUCCAAACCUUACCAUAGUAACAAGAGUUGGUAUUUUUGUGAACUUCGUGGAGUUCCUUUUCAAUGUACUGGACAGGUGCAAGAGUAAUAGUGCCGUUGAGAGUAAUUUCAGUAUCUGGAGGGGGGUAUAG